AUGUCAUUCGCCCCGCCCCCCGGACCUCCGCCGCCUUCCGUCCCCGAUGGAUGGAAAGCCCAGUUUGAUAAUAGAUACAGAGAAUGGUUCUUUGUGAAUUUGCGCACUGGCAAGUCACAAUGGGAACGUCCCGAAGUCACAACUACGGAAGAGCUACAUGGACCCCCAAGCGAUCGGCCGCCAUCUUACGAGGACUCAGCGCAUGCCAACUCACCUGUUGUUGCUGCCACCGCCGCAGGCGAGAAGAAGGCACUGGGAUCGAAUAACCCGUAUAACAUUGCAGAUCCAGGGACCAGCACCCUAGACAGUGAUGCUCGGCUGGCCGCUCAAUUACAAGAAGAAGAAGCUUGGGCACACACCAAGAGCUCCAGAAGCCAUGAACCUGGCACUGCGGCAGACUACUACACCGGAGCUGCUCAGGCGCAGUCGACAAGCUAUGGAUCGUCCUUAGUUCCCCCGCCUCAAAGCACUGGCCCAGAACAAAAGCAGCGCAGCAAAGGAUUUUUAAACAAGUUGAUGGGAAAAUCCUCGAGUAGAACCGCUGUAGGUUAUGGAAGGCCCCCUCCACUCCCGUCCCAACAGCAGCAACAGCAACCAUACCCUUAUCCACAGGGGGGAUAUUAUGGUGGUUAUCCUCCGCAACCGGUAGGGUACAGCUCUCCCGCAUAUCCAGCUCAAGGUGGGUUUUAUUCCGCGGCAGCACCCCAACAGCGACGGCAUGGCUUGGGAACAGCAGGAGCUGCGGCGUUGGGGGUCGGAGGAGGAUUGCUUGGUGGUGCUUUGUUGGCAGAGGCUUUUGAUGAUCAUCAUGAUUAUGUCGAGUACAACGAUUAUGGCGAUGGCGACUUUGGUGGGGGUGACUUUGGCGACUUCUAG